AUUUGACUAUGCAUCACAUACACUUCUAUAAAUACAGAAAUUGGUUACACCAAAAUAUAUUGCAUUGAAACGCACAAACUUCCUUUAACUAUUAAGCUCAUUACGCUAAGGUAAGAAUGACUUCAGUUCAAGUGGAUGCUCAAUUCAAUGGCAAGCAGAAAGCAGCAGUCGAAAAGGCGAUGCAAGAGGCACAAACUAUCCUAGCCAACAACGAUACUGUGAAGGAUGAACAAUAUCUGCUGGUUGCAGUAGGAGGUGUUAUGCAGAAUUCUCAACACCGGCCAAUAAGGCUUAUGAAAACCCAUGAUGUUAAGGGAAAAUUCGUAGCCAACCCUCCUGGCACAAUCGGUGGAGAAGAUCAUGGUGCGUUUGUACACCAAGGUGCUACUUCUCAAGGACAACUUCAAGUGAUUGUUGGCUCAAAGUGUGCAAUCGUUUAUGGUACCUUUGACAGGUCUUUUCCUGGUCUUGGCUAUCUCUUGGCUUGGGACAAGCCCGACAAUUCCGAUGAAAUUAACAAGGUGUAUGUGGAAGCUGGGGAUCCUUACAAGCUGGACAAAAUGGAGUGGAGUGAAAUUGAACCAAAACUAGAUGCAUCCACCAACACAAGUACCUUCGUCGAUGCUGAGACAGGUGCUUCAGCAACAGCUGAGAUCAAGGACAAUGGCAAUAAACGUGCUUUGAUUGCUGCUAGCUUCGAUCGUUUCUUACCCAAGGCUUGAUUAUUAUAUCAUGUCAACCAACUUUGCUAUAACUUUCCAAGGGACUUGUUACUUUUAAUUAAUCUUGUAACCUGCCUUCUCUUUAUUAUGCAACUAUUACCAUGUUUAUGAAUAAAUAAUUCCCCUUUGGUUUUUUUUUUUUCUUUUUUUUUGAAACCCCCUUGGUUUAGAUAAUGAUGUCUAUUACUAAUUUACUAUAAUCUAUGUUCACCUUUUUCUUA